AUGCUCCCGCUGCUGCUCCCUCGGGAGACAAUUACAUCUCGUAGCUUGCCGAAAGGCUGGCCUUUCUCGUUUCUCCGUCACUUUGCUAGCCCGUCAGUACACAAGGACAGACUUGCGAUUGGAGAAACUGCCAAGUGCUCAAUCCGAAGGAAUUUGGAGACACUCCAUUCUCAUCUCGAUGACGCCCUUGUACCCACCGAUCCCAUACAAAGUUUUGUCGCCGAUUUUCAAGUUGCUGAAUUUCCUUCUCAGCUUUCCUCGACAACUGAUGACUAUUUUCUUUCGGAAUACCCGCAAGAAGCUCUGUUUCCCUCGAAGCUCUCCAGUCAAUUAACUGAGAUGAUGACAGAGUUAGUUGAAACCUCGAAAUCAAUGGGUCUCGGUGCCAGUGAAAAACAGCCAACUUUGGACAUCAUGGAACUGACCACUCUUUUAAGAGUAUCCAAUGUCUCGGUUUUUAUCUCUGCAUUCUUCCAUUCACUUCACUGGCAUUUGCCCAUCGUCCAUUUUCCGACGUUUGAUCCAGGGAAAGCGUCUAGCCCUUUGCUCCUCGCGAUCUUGCUGGCUGGUGCGACAUAUACAACGGCCUUGGACGGUGCAAGCCUCUCACCACGGCUGUUUGAUGUUGCAGAAGAGAAUAUCUUUCGGAAAAUUUCGAAUCUAUCAACAGCUCCAUCGCCAACGGACCCCGGACAUCUUCUGUCAACUGUGCAAUUAAUACAAAGUGCUCUCAUUAUUGAAAUGCUUCAAUUUGCACGAGACGAUAUGCAGACGAGGCGUCGCAUUCGUAUUAUUCGACAUCCGUGCCUGGUAUCUACCAUACGGUCUUUGGGGAUUUUCCAACUGAAGCGGAGCACAGCUCCUAAGACCUGUAAUGAGCGGACAUGGAGAAUGUUAGUAGCGGAGGAGAUGGGUAUACGGUAG